AUGCCCGACGUGGAAUCAUCUGCAAUAUCAUGUUCGACCGACAAACAAAUAUACCCCGAAGGGGCUGAACUCAACAAGGGCAACACGAACCCAGAGAAAAGCAAGCACACCUCAGCGUUCCAACAACUGGGGAUUUUGGACCGCUUCCUCGCAGUCUGGAUCUUCCUAGCCAUGGCAAUUGGAAUCAUCCUAGGCAAUUUUGUGCCGAAUACCGGGCCUGCGCUGCAGAAGGGAAAGUUCGUGGGUGUUUCCGUGCCUAUUGCCGUGGGACUCCUUGUCAUGAUGUACCCGAUUCUCUGCAAGGUGCGGUACGAAACGCUGCAUCGAACGUUCCGAGCGAAGGCGCUCUGGGUGCAGAUUGGGUUCAGCGUGGUUGCAAAUUGGAUUGUGGCUCCUCUUUUCAUGUUGGGUCUUGCUUGGGCAUUUCUGCCCGACGAGCAGGGUCUCCGGGAAGGGUUGAUCCUGGUGGGAAUCGCGCGCUGCAUCGCAAUGGUUCUCAUAUGGACAGGCCUUUCUGGUGGUGAUGGAGAGUACUGUGCGAUACUCGUUGCCAUCAACUCUGUGCUGCAGAUGGUGCUGUUUGCGCCCAUUGCUAUCUUCUUUAUCAAGGUAAUCGGCGGGUCAAGCAACGCCACGAUUGAAUAUUCCCUCGCCGCAAAAAGCGUCGGCGUCUUCCUCGGGAUUCCUCUCGGUGCCGCGAUCGUGACUCGUUUCGGCCUGCGCAGCAUAUUCGGAGCGAGCUGGUACGAGAAGAAGUUCUUGGCCUGGAUCAGCCCGCUCUCGCUGAUUGGUCUGCUGUUCACGAUCUUGGUCCUGUUCGCAUCGCAGGGUCGUCAUGUCGUGCAUCAGAUUGUAUCUGUCAUUCGAGUAGCUGCUCCGCUGAUUGUCUAUUUUGCUGUGAUCUUUCUUGUCACAAUGUUUGUGACCCGCCGGUGUGGAUUUGGGUACGAGCUAUCCUGCACCCAGAGCUUCACGGCCGCGAGUAACAACUUUGAGCUUGCCAUCGCGGUGGCGAUUGCGACGUUUGGGGUGGACAGCGAUCAGGCUUUGGCGGCGACUGUUGGUCCCCUGGUGGAAGUACCGGUGUUGCUAGGCUUAGUGUAUGCGGUCAAGUGGGCUGGCAGGCGCUAUAAUUGGUAG